AUGACCAAGACAACUCCCCAGAUACUCUCACGCGCGACAACAGAUGCGCACCCGAACGACGGCGUCCCCAAAAGAGCUAUAUGGGACCAAUUCAUCUUCUUCGGCGACUCCAUAACACAGAUUGACGGAAACCCAGAGCUAGGCUUCAGCUGCAUGUCUGCGCUCCGCUAUGAUUACGUGCGACGCAUCGACAUCGUCAACCGCGGUUUCAGCGGCUACAACACUGCCAACGCCCUCUCAGUCCUACCUAGGUUUUUUCCUCCGCCGCAGGAGGCGUGUGUGAGACUCGUUAAGACCCUCUUCUUCGGCGCAAACGAUGCCUCCCUCCCCAACACCACCGGCCAACACGUCCCCCUCGAACAGUACAAGCUCAACUACCACAAACUCCUCUCUCAUCCUUCCAUCAUUGCGCAUCCUGACAUCAAGGUUUUGUUGAUCACGCCACCACCGAUUGACGAGUGGCAAUUCGACAAUUGGGACGAGCCGGGCAGGUCUGCGCGCAAAGCGGUGAUUGCGCAGGCGUAUGCAAGGGCGGUGCUGGAGGUAGGGUUGGAGAGUGACACGCCGGUGGUCGAUUUGUGGGGGGAGUGUAUGAGGGCGAUAGGUUGGGAUGGCGGAGAGAAAUUACCUGGGGAUAGGGGGGUGAAGAAAAGUGCGUUGAGUCGGCUUCUGUACGAUGGUUUGCAUCUUAGCGGCGAAGGAUAUAAGGUGCUGUACGAUGAGAUGAGAAAGGUUGUAGCGAGGGAGUAUCCGGAGCUUGUGCCCCACAAGAUACCGGUUGCACUUGAGCCGUUCUUCCCGGAAUGGUGGCAAUGA